AUGAUGUGCGAAGAAGCAACCCGUAAGAAACAGCAAUACCAAGUGUUGGAGGAAAUCGGUCGUGGCAGGUUCGGCACCGUUUUCCGCUGCUUCCACACCGUUACCAACAAUUUCUACGCUUCCAAAGUGAUCGAUAAACGCCUCCUAACCGAUUCCACAGAUCGCCAAUGCCUCCAAAUCGAAUCAAAAGUGAUGACCUUUCUCUCACCGCACCCCAACAUUCUCCAAAUCUUCGACUCCUUCGAAGACACCCAUUUUUCAUCCAUCGUCGUCGAGCUCUGCCAACCCCUCACCCUCUUCGACCGCAUCUCCGACGGCUCCUUGCCCGAACCCCACGCCGCUUCCCUCAUGAAGCAGCUUCUAGAAGCCGUGGCGCAUUGCCACGCGCUCGGAAUUGCGCAUAGAGACAUAAAGCCCGACAACCUGCUGUUCGACUCGGGGAACAACCUUAAACUCUCCGACUUUGGAUCCGCCGAGUGGUUGGGUGAGGGGAGGAACAUGAACGGUGUGGUGGGUACGCCGUAUUACGUGGCACCGGAGGUUCUGAUGGGAAGAGAUUACGACGAGAAAGUGGACGUUUGGAGUAGCGGGGUGAUUCUCUACACAAUGUUGAGUGGUAUUCCACCCUUUUAUGGAGACUCUGCUGUUGAGAUUUUUGAGGCUGUUGUUAGGGCCAAUCUUAGGUUUCCCACAAGAAUUUUCAAGUCUGUGUCUGCUCCUGCUAAAGAUCUUCUCAGGAAGAUGAUUUGUAGGGAUCCCUCUAGGCGAGUUUCAGCAGAGCAAGCCUUGAGACACCCUUGGAUAUUGAGUGGGGGUGUGACGAGUGGUGAUCUAUCUUGA